CGCGGUUCCGGGGGGUCAUUUUGGCCGUAGGCGCGGAUCCGCUGGCAAUUCGCUACAAAUGGUUACAAAUGGAAGUGUAAGGCCGAAGUUAGCCUGGUGCACAAGAUGAUGAAAUGCACGAUCGUGCCAUGGUGUGAUUGAAGAGGAAUGGACGAGCGGAGGGGUGAAAUUGCAGCCAAAGAAUCGGCGAAAGGUGCGAGUCUCGGCUCCUAUUGCAUCUUAUCGCUGACGAGCAAGGUGACACCUUUCAUGGCCAGCUUUUGUUUCAUCAUGACGACGCAGCGUCGUGCAGCGUACGACAGGCGACAGUAAUACAAUUUAUCGACAAGCCAUGGCAUGCACGCUUUGACAAGCCGCU